AUGGUUCUCUUGAGAUUUGCACCUUCUCCCACUGGUGCUCUUCACCUCGGUGGACUCAGGACCGCUCUGUACAACCACCUGUUCGCCAAAAAACACGGAGGCAGAUGGAUUCUCAGAAUAGAAGACACAGACGCGGCGAGAUAUGUACCGACCGCAGUGGACGGCAUUAGGAAUGCAUUGGCAUGGGCUGGUCUUCCUUAUGACUUCGGUCCUGGAAUGGAUGGGCCGCAUGGGCCAUAUUUCCAAUCAGAACGGCUAGACCUUUACCAUUCAUAUACACGCAGGCUCCUAGAAUCUGGUCAUGCAUAUCGGUGCUUUUGCUCACCUGAUAAACUUGCUGCCACCCGCGAGAAGCUUGCACGCACGGGGUCGAAUGCCACGUACGACAAGUCCUGCCUCCAUCUCACUGAGGAAGAAGUUGCGCGGAGAGUACGUGCUGGGGAGAAGUCCAUCGUUAGGCUGAAUGAUGACAACCUCCCAGACAGGUCUUCACCUACCGACAUCGUUUUCGGCACCGUUAGGGAUGCACAUGCCUCACUUCCGACAGAUCCUGUUCUUCUGAAAUCUGAUCUGUUCCCUACAUACCACCUGGCAUCCGUUAUUGACGACCAUGAGAUGGAUAUCACUCACGUCCUACGCGGAGAAGAAUGGCUACCUUCACUACCACUGCACCUCGAUCUGUAUUCAUGUCUGGGCCUCAAGCCCCCGCAGUUCGCACAUCUACCCAUCCUCCUGAAUCCGAAUGGAACAAAGAUGUCAAAGCGCAACGGAGAUGUGUCUGUCCUAGAUUUUAUGCGCCGUGGGUGGGAGCCGGAAUCUAUUCUAAAUUGGCUGGCACUGGCCGGGUGGGGCGUGCACCACGAAAAUGGCCAUGCUUCGCCGUCCGGAACGCCCCCGACUCAGCCUCCCGACAGUACAACCCUCAUGACGCUUCCAGAACUCAUCGAUCAGUUUGAUUUAUCUUCCCUCACGCACCGCAGGAAUGUUCUUGAUCCUACGAAGCUCGCAUAUCUUAAUAAACAUCACCUGAUGCGGAGCUGGCAGAACGAACAAGGGAUUGCCUUCCAGGCAAAGCGAGUACAUGAUGUUGUGAAGGCUGCUUUCCCUCACAGUCGAUACACUUCUGUGGAGUACAUCACGCGUGUGAUCAGCGUCUUGCAGGGUCGCAUAACAAAUCUUCAUGACGUUCCUACACUCGCUCCGUUCUUUUUCGUGGAACUGGACUACACGUUGCCUGAAGCGCACGGUAUGAAGCGAGGGAUAUCAGCUGAUGACUAUGGCAAGUCGCGCACUACCACGCCAGUAUCUUCAUCACCAUCAACUCAAUCUGACAUUGGAGUUUUCUUGCAUGAUGCGUGCGAGAAAACAGGCCUGAAGCCAAAAGUCUUCAUGACUGCUUUGAGGCAUGCGCUAUCUGGGAUGAAAGCGGGACCCAGUCUUCCUGAGAUCAUUGAUGUUCUUGGCACCGAACGGACAGCGGAAAGGUUGAAAUUUGCACUUUCAGCACAUAAAACUAGCGAUUCCACAUAA